CCGCCCUGUUCGGCGCUCACCUCGGCAGCGCAGCAACGCGCACGGUCCGCGGUGGCACCAGGAGGAGCGCAGGGAGAGCGGGAGCGCGCCAUGGACCCAGUGACCUUUGAGGAUGUGGCUGUGAACUUCACCCAGGAAGAAUGGGCCUUGCUGGAUGUUUUCCAGAAGAAUCUCUACAGAGAUGUGAUGCAGGAAACCUACAGGAAUCUGACUUCUAUAGGAAGACAAUGGGAACAGUGGGAUUUGGAAGCUUACUACAGAAGUCUGAAGAGAAAUAUGAGAAUCCAAAUGGUAAAGAGAGACCAUGAACUUGCAGACAAUGGCCAGUAUAGAGAAGCCAUAGCCCAAAAUCCAGUCGAUAUCAUAAACAAGAUUCCUGAACUUCCUGAUUGCCACAACAUCAGUCAGUCAUCCCCGAAGAGGCAUGGUCUGGAAAACGAAAUCAAACAACACAACUACAGAGUGAAGAAUGAAGAUGGGGAAUAUAUGCACAAUGGAAUAUUACUCAGCUGUUAAAAAAAAAUGAAGUUAAUCUGCAGGAACAUGGAGGCAACUGGAAAAUAAAAUUUGAAGCAGUGUGACUCAGGUUCAGAAACACAAAUGCCACAUGUUCUGUUCUAUGUGGAUUUUAAAAUGGUUUAUUUUUCUGGGGGGGUGGAUGAGCAUUUUGCCUACAAGUAUUUACAUUCACCAUUGGUGUGCCGGGUUCCUGGAGAGGUCAGAAUUGGACAAUGAAUCCCCUGGGACUGGAGUUAGAGGCAGUUCUGAGCCACCGAGUGGGUGCAGGGAGUGGAAUCCAUGUCCUCUGCAAAAGCAGCAGCUGCACUUAACCACUGGACUUCCCACCCCCUCAUAUGCAGGUUUAGCUCGUGGUUUGUAAUUACGCAUUUCUAAGUAGGAGUGGGGGAGAAUCCUGGGAAAGGACCCAUCAGAGAAGGGGAAGUACCUUUAAAUACCUCUAGCUAACCCUCAGGACACAUUAGCUGUGCUGUAUUUAAAACCUGGGAAGUCAUGAUUUGCUGGAUUAGUAUCUGACUGCUUACGACAGAUUCUAAAUUAAUGACGGUUUGGUGAAUAAAGACACUCGCUGCCAAGUCUGAGGACUCAUUCCCUGAGAGCCACGUGGUGGAAGGAGAGAGCCGACUCCUGCAAGUUGUCCUCUGACCUCCACACAACUUGAUGCAGCACACGCAUACAAGCCACAAUCAGCCAAUCAAUAAAGCAAAUGUAAUUUAUUGCAUUCCCUGACUGUGUUCUCUCAGGAACUGCGGUUCAGAUGUACUCCCAGGUGUCUCUCCUGAUCAGCAACGCUGCUGGAAGUGUGUGGUGUUUACUCAUGUCCACACGUUCGGUUGUUUCCAUUGGGUUGCUUUUUAAAAUUUGAUUCGUCUUUCACUAGUUCUUAUUCUGUAAGUGUAAAUGUUUUAAUAAAAAUAAUGUAAGGGGCUGGGGAGAUGGCUCCGUGGGUGAAGAGUGCGUGCAAGCAUGAGGACCGAGUUCAGAUUCCCAGCACCCACGCAAAAAUCGAGCAAACAUCAAUCAGGGACAGAAAUAGGGGAUCCCUGGAACUCACUGGCUAGUCAGUCUAACCAAUCAGUGACCUCUAGGCUCAGUGAGAGACACUGUCUCAAAAAAAUGAACUGAAAAGUGGUGAGAGCAAUAUAAAUACAAUAAAAAUAAAACAAUAAAAGAUAAAUAAGUUAAAUAAUAAAAGAUAAAGUGAGCAACUGAAAAAAUUGGAAUCAACCUCGACUCCAUAAACACACCGACACGUACAUAUGUACAAGUACACAUGUGCAAAUACCCGCACGUGUAUAUGCACAUAAUAUUCGCACAUGCAAAAAUAAUAAAAAGACUUUUUAAAAACGGGGAGGGGCUUGAUUUCAAAGGACCUUCUCCUUCGAAUGACCCUCAUCGACAUGUGGGAUCCUAUCUCUAUGACACACAGGAUAGGUGGCUAGCUUCCUGUGAUGUCAUUCAUGCCUGAAAAGAGAAUUUCAGAGAUGUGAAGGAGUGGCCAUCCACAUUUCAGAAGGAGUUUGCAACUCUCAGGCUUGGUAUGUGGUCUAGAAUACUCUCUCUCUCUCUCUCUCUCUCUCUCUCUCUCUCUCUCUCUCUCUCUCUCUCUGUGUGUGUGUGUGUGUGUGUAUGUGUAGGCUCACAUGCCACGGUGUGUUAGUAUACUAAGUUACGCAGGACAACCAAAGAGAGACAUUCGAGGAUGUAAUGGAGCUUUGCAGCAGCAGGGCAACCGUCUCAAAUGGUCUGAACCCCCGAGCAGCUUUGCAGAAAUGCAUUAUUGAUGGUUACACAAAAGUUAGUUUUUAGAGUAAGUCAAGUUUCUCAUACCACAGCCUCUGCUAUGAUCUAUGUGCUGCCUGAAGGAACACAUGACCCACGCACUUCUCAGUCCUUAUUGUGCAGUUUGCAGUACCCAAUAAUACAAGAAUUCCAGGUUCUCAGGGAGUGUCUUGUGAUUAGUCAUGCGAAGGCCAUAAAGCUCCUUCAGAAAAACAGCUCCAUAAAUCUCAGGAAAAAAAAAAAAAUCACUGAUCAGAUACGCAAGAUUUCCUCAGGACUUAGGCGCGUCUAAAACAAUCCCAACAUUUCAGUGUUCAUGCCAGAUACCAUGGCUUUACUAAUUCUCCCACCACAAUGGAAGGCCAGAGGACAGCUCGCUGGAGUCUCUGUGCUCCUACCACUCUGUGGGUCCUGGGAAUUGAACUGGAUCGUCACACUUGGCAGCAAGCGCCUGUACUUGCUCAGCCGUCUCUACGAUCCCUGCUCACAUCCUUUGAUGCUUGUCAAACCAGAGUUUGCGCUUGAGACUUGUGGGGGAGGGGGAGGCGCGUUCUUCCAGAAUGUGGUCCAUCUGUGCUGUCGGCAACUCAGCCCUGAGCUGUGCCUUCAAAGCUCACCUUCCAGCAGCUCCCUGGCUGCUGCUUGAGGACUCGCUGCACAGAUGAAGGGAUCCUGUGUCAACUUUGAAUUCGUCCCAAGCAUCCCUGAAAGUCCCAGGGACUGCUGCGGAAGAGGACUUGGGCGAGUUGAGGUGGUGGGGACACUAGAAUACCCGGAAGAGAAUCUUUGCUGAGCUCUGUCGUGUCCUCCAGGGAUAAUGCUCAGGAGACUUGAGUGAUUGACAGGCGGAGCUCUGGAGAGGAGCUGGUGGAAGGGUGAGGGUUCAUUCUAACUGGUUAGUGCGCAGAACUACGGCAGCGCUUCAGCUCAAUUCUGGAGCAUCUUUUUCUUUUCUCUUUUUUUUCAGUUUCUUUUUCUCUUCUUCUUUUCUUUCCCUCCUUCCCUUUCUCCCUUCCUUUUCUCAAGGCUGCAGAAAUAUCACGGUGGUUAAGAGCACCCAAAUUCGAUACCAGGGUUCCACAUAGUGGAGGGAACCCACUCCACAAAGCUGUCCUCUGACCUCCACUCACACAAAUAAGUAAACGUACAUUUUCAAAAACUAAAACUUCCCAAGAAGCCCCCGGUGUAGGGAACUCUUUUGUGGCCCCUGCUGCUAGGAGACCAUGUGACCCACAGGGAAGGGAGGACCCUUCCCCCUCCCAGGUCCUUCCCCGCUCACCGCCCUCACCACUUUGGCCUCCAAUUGUGGGAACAUUUCUCCACGAUGAAAUCCGGGUCAAUUGGUCAUCUGCAAGUCCUUACAUCACUGCAACACCCAGAGAGAAGGGGGUGGGUUAAAGAGAAGAUGUGGUGGGAGGCGUCCUUCCCAUCCCUCUCACCUUUCUUCAGCUGAAUGAAUUCCUCCUGCACUUUCUGCUCCUUCGUCAAGACAUCAGAUACACGCAAUGUGUUUUGAAGCUUCCAGAACAGCCUCAAGGUUCUCCUUUGUUCCGCCUGCCUGACCUGGCUAAGGCUUUAUCCUGCAGCAGUGGAAAGCACUCCAUGAAAGCUCUAAGAUGAGGAAAACUGAAUCCCCCCCGCCCCCCCCC